AUUGGGCAUUGAAACAUAGUGGGCUGUUUGGAAACUUACGCUAUGUCCAGAUUCGGACCCAAGGUUAAGGAGCUGCGGUUUCUUCUUACGCAAGCUGCUCCAUCUAGCUCUGGCAUAAGAGAUUACAUCCUUCGUCAUUAUCCAUCACUUAAAACUGCUAAUCCCCAUGUGAAGUUUAUGGUUCGUGAAUCAGAAGAUACUACACCAAAAGUGUUUGCUCGUUAUGAAAUGGGGAAAGAAGCAUGCAUUUCAAUAGCCAAUAACACAGCUGAUGAAAUAGCUGAAAAAUUGAAAUCGCUCAACCGUACAUAAUACUAUUUCUGUUGAUAGAUUGCAUAUAAUUAAGUUUUUGAACGAAAGUAGUCAUAAAUAUAGAUAAUUUUAUUUAUA